CGUUGCAUCUUUGACUCUCGAACGUUGACACUAGGCCGGGCUGCUUGCGAACGCAUUUCAGUGGCCUGUGACUCCGUUCUGAGGCGCUCUUGGCGCCCAUAACAGCGAACCGAUUAUGAACACUACCUUCUUACCGACACUCGCGCCUGUCGACGUACAACAGGCAGCUCAGCUCAUCCAACAAGCGUAUUCACCGCAAGCCCAUGUCUCGGCGGACGCGCAAAGGACCCUUCAGCAAGACCUCUUCGACAUCCAGAAACGGCCCGAGGCAUGGGGACUUGUCGUGCCGUUCCUGGAGGAUCCGGAUCCGAAUGUGCAAUUCUUCGGAGCGCAUACAGCGCAGGUGAAGAUAGCACGAGAUUGGGAUUCGUUUCCGAAAGACAAUGCCCUUGACUUGAAGGAUCUGCUGGUGGAACUGACGGGUGGAUCAAUGGUGCUCGGCAGGAACAAAGUGAUUUUGAGGAAACUAUCUGUCGCCGUCACAUCACUCGCGUUGAAGCUCGUACCCGCAGAGCAAAGCGAAUGGUCAGACUGGAUAGUGUCUUGUUGCACGUCAUUUUCCAGCCGCGGAGCCUCUGCCGAACAGAUAUUGGACUUCCUCUCCAUCGUGGCGGAGGAAGUCGACAGAGCGGAUCUCCUUGGAUUUCACAGGUCACGUAUGCGACAGUCUUUGAUGGACGCUAUACCGCUCGUCAUGCAGGCGAUCUCGUCCUCAGUAGGCAAUGCCGCCACCCAGCGCAUGCAGCGAACGACUACCACUUCUUCAUUGAACGAGUCGCACGCUGCGUUGAAGUGCUUCCAGGCAUGGCUACCGACAUUACCAGCAAACGACAUCACCCCACUCAUCCCUGUUCUCAUCUCGUUGUUAACGCCUGUGACGACCCCCGGCCAGCAAGGCAUCGAGUUCGACGAGUCGAUCUUCGUGCCCGCCUCCGACGCGCUUCAGGAAAUAAUGUCCAACUCAUCGAUGGCGGACGGUGCUGGUGUCAAGACCCUUACCGAACCUUUGCUCCAGUGGGUCGCGAGCUGGGGAGGCACCAUCAUCCAAGAAACUCUAAAUUCUGGGAUCGUCGACGAUGUCUCUCACUCGUUCUGCAAGCUCCUCGUGGCGCUCGGAGAUCAUUCGAUACAAUACCUCGCGAACAAUCUUGCCUCGAACGCGCAUAUGGAACCCUCGCUACAAUCUCAACCGGUUGUUUCAGCCACCAAGGGCCAAUUAGUCCAAACAUUCUUGCGGUCUUUGCUCUCCUACACCUCCCUUCCCGGGUAUUACGGAGUGGACGAGGAAGAUUCCGAGAGUACGCUUGGGUUCUGGUACUUGUUCCAGGAAACAUUGUGGAGUGUCGAAUACGACUUCGACGCGGAGCAGGAGGAGCAAGUAAACCGGAGUAAAAGCGGAAGUACCACCGACAAGCAGGAACAAGAUCAAUGGCAGGUCGCGAAAGCGGUGUACGUAGAGCUGGUCACCGUACUAAGGCGAAAGAUCGUGUGGCCACCUACGAAGGUGCUGAGCAGUUGGACGAAAGACCUACAAGACAAGUUCCAGGUCUAUCGACGCGAUGUCGGUGAUACCUUAAUCAACGCCUACUAUAUACUCCGGGACGACAUGCUGGGACUGUACUUGGCUGACCUGGAAGAGCGGCUUGCGCGCAAUCAGAACGGGCAAGAAUGGGAGGAGAUUGAAGCGACGCUACACUCAAUAAUGUCAAUCCAAGAGGCUGUUCCCGUAGAGCCCAACGCCCAUCUAGAGCGCCUCUUUGGACCCGAUAUCUUAGGUCGCUUGCCGACUUCCAGUCAUGAUCGCGUACGCCGCACAACCUUAGGCCUUAUCGGUGAAUAUGCAACUUGGUUCAUGACGCAAUCGACGUUACCUCCGACAUCUACCCAGCAAACCUCUCUGCUUAUGAACGCCGUUUCGUACGUUGUGGCCGCUCUCAGCGAACCAGGACUAUGCUUGCAUGCCGCAAACGCACUUCGCGAACUAUGUGAUGCAAAUCGUGCGGCACUUGCGCCUCAUAUCAGCGCCUUCGCCCAGCUCAACGCAGGGUUGUCUAGUGUGCCGGAUACGGAGAAGAGCAAGGUACUGCAGUCGAUAGCUAGCGUGAUACAAGCUCUGCCUCCCGAGCAAGAAAUCGAGCCCAUCGACGGUAUGGUCGGCCCGGUAGUGGCGAAGCUGUGGCAGGCGUUACAGUUGCCUGCACAGGCUGUGGAAGAUGCUCAGGCAAUGGCUAUAGUCCAGCUACAAACACUGUCGGGGGUGGCUAAGGGCUUGACGCGUAUGACCGAUUCAUUGUUAUCUUCCGAUGAAGAAGCCGAGAUCCAAGCGGAGACUCGACAACUGGAAGCUGCUCGACAAAAUCCUCGGAUGGUCAAGCUUCGGGAGUCAAUACUAGGUGCUGUCCAGGAGACUGUCAAGCGUUGGUCCUCCGAUGCGGCAAUCAGCGAUGCUUUAAGCGACUUGUUCAAAUCCAUCACUGCACUAUAUGCAGACAUGACGAUUAUAUCGUUGCCGCCUGGGGCAUUGCUGGAGCUUGUGUGCUUCGCUGCGCAACAACAGCUGACAGCUGUAUGGUUAUCGUUGGCGAGUAUGCUCAUGAUCCAGCUGAACCCGCCGCCACUGCUGUCGACAUUCAAGCCUGCGCCCAAUCCUGAAGCGCAAGCGAUUGUAGGGAGCUUACUGCCAGUUCUUCUACAAACGUCGCUCAACUUCCUCGGGCAAGCGGGAGCCAUGGAAGCAAACCCGGAUAUCGUCCAGGCAUUUUUCGACUGCAUGGAAAAGAUCGCGAUCCAUUUCAUCGCGAGUUUCUACAGACUACCUCCAGGCCACCUGGAUUCUCUCAUGCGCUGCGCCAUCCAAGCGCUCUCCCUACAAGAGCGCUACGCCCUCGUCUCCGCCUCCACGUUCCUCGCCUCCCUCGUCAAUCGGACGUCGUCAAGCGACGAAGUCACCGAGAUGAAAGAUACCCUCGCGCUCACGUACGGCUACGCUAUCCUCCGCGCGAUCCUGAGCGGCUUCGCGGGGCUCGCCCCGCGCUCGUGCACGCCGAACCUCAUCGAGCUGCUCUCGACGCUGCUCAGCAGGUGGCCGGAGCAAUGCAGGACGUGGAUACCGCAGAUCCUCUUCGCGGAGGACUUCCCGCAGUCGAAAGCAGGGCCGGAAGCGAAAGAGAAACUGGUGAAAGCAUUGGCUGGCUCGCGCUCAUUGAAGAAGACCCGAGACGCCGCACACCACUUUAUGCUGGUAGCUCGAGGACUGGAAGGAACCACGUUCGGAUACGCUACAGUCACCAUGUAACAUACGUACAUACCACACUCGGUGAACGCAAAUGUACUCACACUUUCGAACGCUCGA